AUGAGCGACGCGCCCUGUAGAGUCGCGCGGAAACGGAACCUGGACCACCUCGCGCAGAGCCCUGACAGCGUUAAUACCGACAGCUCGAGCCCGUGCAGCAGCGCCUCGAGCCCUGAUCGUAACUGGAGCGGCCUCGAGCGCGGUGUCCCUGUCUCGCGCGUCUCGCUGCCCCCUGCGGAUCCGGUGCGUCAGGCGAAGCGACUGCCCGUGCGCAUUCUCCAAAUGCUGAGCGCGCGCGCGGCUCACAUGCUGCACGCGGACUAUCUGCAGCCGCUCAGCUCCGCGCCACUCCCUAUCGAGCUGGAUGCUAAGAAGAGUCCGCUAGCUCUUCUGGCACAGACCUGCUCCCAGAUUGGAAAACCGGAUCCUCCAGCCUCCUCCAAGCUCAGCUCGAUCUCGUCCAGCAGCCUGGGGGACAAAGAUGGCCGGUCAUCUAGUACAGGUCUUAAAUCUGGAGAGCAGCAGCAGGGCCCGGAGGACAAGUCCAGCUUCAAGCCCUAUUCCAAGAGCAGCUCGGAGUGCAGAAAGGAUGGAUCGUCCGACAAAGCUGGGUUCAGGACUUCUGCUGGGAGUACACCCAACACGACGUGUCCGUCCUUGCCUCCUCACGCUGUGUCUCCGAGGACGGGCUCACCUUCCCAGCAUGCGGGUCAAACGCACACGCACCGGCAUACACAGUCGCCGUCCAUGCAGAAACCCAUCAACGUCGACGCCAAGUCUGGAGGUUCAGACUCUGGCUCAGACAGCAGCACUGGCAGUCUGAAAAAAGGCUCCGAUAACGGCAGAUCUUCCCUGGAUAACGCCCAGUUGGCCAACACUAGUCAAGCUCGUGCUAGCGUUAAUUCCAGCAGCGGCAGUGAAUCAAGUAGCCCACGGCCAGAGAGCAAGUCCAAUCCACAGUCAUCUCUAUCCAAUUCCAGCCAUAUUGCCCCAAUUUCACCCUUCAAACCAGGCCACUCUGUGUUCCCCUUGCCUGCGUCCAGUCUUGGCUACCAUGGCUCUAUAGUUGGUGCUUAUGCCGGCUACCCAUCCCAAUUUGGUCUGGACCCUGCCAAGGCUGGACUUGUUGGAGCCACAGGGAUGGCGAAGCACCCAAGCUCAAGUCCGCUGACUGGCACCUCCCCUCCGUCCUUUAUGCAAGGCUUGUGUCGGGAUCCGUACUGCAUGACGUACCCAAACGCUCCUCACAACUGCACCAGUUGCAUUCAUGACCCAUCAUCAUCUCUAAAGUCUGGAUUCCCGCUCAUGUACCAUUCCCCGCACCUUCACGCCCUCCAUCCUGGGUCCUCCGGAGCUUCUGGAUCCCUCUCCCACCCCCUCUAUACCUACGGCUUCAUGCUUCCUAGUGACUCUCUUCCUCAUGCCUGCAACUGGGUGUCUGUUAGCGGACCGUGCGACAAACGCUUUUCCACCUCCGAGGAACUUUUGGUGCAUUUGCGCACUCAUACCUCUUUCCCUGGUGUAGACAGCAAGCUCCUCUCCGCAUACCCCUCCACAGUCUCAUCAUCAGCCGCUUCCUGCCAUUUGCACCUGCCCACGCCGGGUAGUCCCGGCUCCCUUCCGAGCUCCUUCUCCAUGCGAGGCUCACCGGGACUUGGCCUGGCGCGGUACCAUCCUUACAGCAAAGCUCACAUACCUGCAGCACCUUCACUCCCUAUGCACUCUCUACCAGCCACAGUGCCCUAUUACUCGCCCUACGCCCUCUACAGUCAGAGACUGGGAUCAGCAUCGGCACUGGGUUACCCGUGAUAAUAGAUAAGGAGGCGAUUUAGCGAACCAGGAAAGGUCAGGACAAGGUCGAAGCCCAUCCUCCGAAAAGCUUAGAGCCAAAAAAUGAGCUGAAAUUGGUGGUAAACUCUCGGUUGGCGACACUGUCGAGUCCUCGGACCUUGAAAGAUUCCAAUGAAUGAUGGAACUCAUGACUUUUAAUAUUAUUUGAUCAAAGUUUUAUUUCAAUUUAUUAAAAAAAAAGGUAUAUUUAUUUUUCUUUUGAGCGCUUGGCUUUCUACUUGGGAAACAUUUACCAUUCGAAUGCAUCCAUCUUCUCUUUGGUACAAAACUAUUUUUAAUAUUCUCACUAAACAUUUUAUAACGAUACAGCUUUGCUAAAGAUAACCAGACGUUAGGCGUGUUUGACCUUCAGUUCUCUUUCUCUUCCCGUUUCUCUGUCACUUUCUGUUACGUAUCAGGUCUUUUGCUUUGUGCCUCUUGUCUGAGCGCUCCAGCAAGCAUGACUUGACCGACAGCUGGUUUGUUCUCGAAGAAUUUGCCAUUUUUUUUUGUACUUGUACAGUUCGACAGACUAAAAAACAACAGACAGAUGUGAUAUAUUUUCUAUGGUGAUUGAUUCUGCAAGCUGGGAGAGUUUUAAGGGCUGAGGGAAACGGCAAAUGAAUACACUAAGAGUAAAAAUGUACAAAUGACGACGCUAUGCGUUCAACAGAAUGUCUUAUUUUGUGAAAUAAAUAUUACUUGAUUACA